AUGGGAAUAAAUUUGCAGACACAACCUUGCUCUGUUCUCCGUGCGGCAAGAUUUCACCAGGACCACACCCGCCACACCCCCGCCACACCUAGUUACACCCCGUCACACCAAGCCACACUGCACCCUCUCAGCAUCCACUCACCCUCCACAGCACCCUCUCCUCCCCCUGCCAAGGCCUCUUUGCUACUGAAGGAGACGCAGAAGGCGUGUACGUUUCUUACAAGGAAUAACAUUUUGAGGGCAGAGAGGCUGUUCCGGAAGGUGUGUGGCGGUAACCUUCCCCUCCAGCUGGACCCCUCCAUCACCUCCUCCUUCAAAGCAUCCUUCGCUGACCUUAACACUCUCCCGGAGCUCAAGGAGAACCCGUUUAGGCGCAGAGUGUGUGAGGUGUUCGGAGAGUCGCCUGACGGAGGGCUGACCUUUGAGCAGUUCCUGGAGAUGUUUUCUGUCUUCAGUGAGUCUUCUCCUAGGGACGUGAAGGCCACCUAUGCUUUCAGGGUGUAUGACUUCGAUGGGGACGGGUUCCUAGGAGAGGCUGACCUGGGAGAGACUGUGAGGCACCUGACCCAUGACCUACUGUCCGCUGAAGAGUACACCACGAUAGUCAGCAAGGUGCUGGAGGAGUCGGACGUGGAUUGUGACGGGAAGAUCUCACAGUCAGAAUUCAUACACGUUAUCCUAAAAUGUCCGGAAUUUGUGUCCAAUUUUCACAUUAGAAUUUAAGUUGCUAUUCUGUUGUGUUGUUGUUUUAUUUUUCUAUUCUCUGUUGGUUUAUUUUCGGGGGUUUAGUUGAGUGAGUUGUGUUUUUCUUUCUGUUGGUAGAAAGAUUGUUAGUUUCUCAUUUGGAUGGUAUAAAUUGUUUAGUGUUUUUUUUUUUUUCUGUUAGUCCUCCUCAGUACUGGGACGCAUUUUUUACCUUGAGUUUUGCGUGUGAUUAGACGAUUUCAUUUAUAUUAGGAAGCGUCUGUGGAGGUUA